AUGGAAGUCGAGUAUACUGCAAACACUCCCAAACAACUGAAAGAGUCCAAGGUGAGCUUCCACGGCGGUCUCGCCUGCCACUUUAGCCUCUUAAAGCCACAGUCGUUUUAUUUGAAUGCUAAAAAUGACAUUUUGUUUCUCAAUCAGCACGCUCUUCAACUCUUAACAGAGAACACACCAAAUGGCAAGAAGGUGCAGAUUCUCUUGGAAGAGCUCCAUGACGUUUACGGAACUUCAUGGGCUACCCACCUAAUUGAUCUCGAGACGGAUGAACAGAAGAAGAGUUGGUUUCUUCGUCUGAACCCGAAUGGGAGAAUUCCGGUCCUUUUGGAUAGCUCUGAGACGGGCUCAGCCAUCUCCGUCAUGGAGAGCCAAGCAAUACUCACUUACUUGCAGGAAAAUUAUGACCAGAACAAUGUGUUCGGAUUCGCUUCUGCAUCCGAGCGAAGCCAAGUAAUGCAGUGGCUCUUCUUCUGGCACUCGUCUGCUCCGGUGCAGGGACACGGCAGACAUUUCAUCAAGGGCGUCGAAGAGCCUAUUCCAUAUGCAGCACAGUACUUUCAAAAGGCAAUGCUCCGCAUAUACUCCGUGCUCGAAGCCCAUCUCAGCGGACAGCACCGGGCAAGUUCCGCAGCGCCUCGCGAGUAUCUAGCUGGUGACGGCGUCGGCAAGUAUACAAUAGCGGACAUGGGCACGUGGCCCCAUGUUCGGGGUUACCGCGCCCUGGGCUUCUCGGAAGAGGAUAUGCAGCCAAAGUUUCCCCAUCUUCUGCGGUGGAUUGAGAGGAUAGAGGCUAGACCGGCGGUGCAGAGAGGUAUUGAUGCUGGGAAAUAUGAUAGUGAAGAGAAUCCGGGACUUUUGGUGCGGGCCGAGCAAUAG